AUGGAUCUCCAACUGCUCAGCGAUAUACUGGCUAUAAACGUGAACAUUAAGAACUUGCCGGUACAUCUAAGGGAUAGGAUGAGAGGAAGUGCAAAGGUGAGGGAAAUACUCAGCCGGGGUAAAACCGAUUCCUGGGAAGCAAGAAUGACCCUAUCUGAUUCCAUGGUUUCAUCGACACUUCUUUAUGGAGCCGAGAUUUGGAGUUUGAAUUACCUGAGAGCUGAACUCGAAAAGAACUCAGUCACUAUUUGCUCACUCAAUCAAGGUAUCGACCAAUCAUCUUUCCUUCAAUCACAUCAUCAUUAUGAUGAAUCACAACCACUAGUCAUCGCUAGUAAUCUGUUGAUCCCAUCGUCCUCCCGCCACUGA